AUGAAUAGAUUAUCAACAUUUUUAAAAAAUAAUUCAUUAAAAAAUUUAAAUAAAAGAAACUUUAUAACAAGUACAAUAAAUAACAAUACAAGUAUUAUUAAUAGUUUAAAUAAUAAUAGUUUAUUUAAAAAUACAAAUACAAAUGCCACAUCAAAAUCAAUCUUACAUUUAAAUAAUAAAAAUUUUUCACAACAAGUUAGAAACUAUCAAAUAGGCGGUGGUGGUGGUAAUAAUGGUGGUAAUCCAAACCAACCUCCUCAAGAACCAUGGGUAAACCCAGAUAAUGUACCAGCUGGUGAAGCAUUAAAAAAAUAUACAAAGGAUUUAACAGAGAUUGCUAAAUCUGGUAAAUUAGAUCCAGUUAUUGGUAGAGAUGAAGAGAUUCGUAGAACCAUUCAAGUACUUUCAAGAAGAACUAAAAACAAUCCAGUAUUAAUUGGUGAACCAGGUGUUGGUAAAACUGCAAUUGUUGAAGGUUUAGCACAAAGAAUUGUAAAUGGUGAUGUACCAGAUAGUAUCAAAAAUAAACGUGUAUUAGCAUUAGAUUUAGCAUCAAUUGUUGCUGGUGCCAAAUUUAGAGGUGACUUUGAAGAGCGUAUGAAAUCAAUUCUCAAAGAUGUUGCUCAUUUCAAAGGCGAAGUUAUUUUAUUCAUUGAUGAACUCCAUACAUUGGUUGGUGCUGGUGCUGUUGAAGGUGGUAUGGAUGCUUCGAAUAUGUUGAAACCACAAUUGGCUCGUGGUGAUUUACAUUGUGUCGGUGCAACCACUACAAGCGAAUACAGAAAAUAUAUUGAAAAGGAUCCAGCUUUAGCAAGAAGAUUCCAAAGUGUUAUGGUUCAAGAACCAUCAACUGAAGACUCAAUUGCAAUCAUGCGUGGUCUUAAAGAGCGUUAUGAAGUACAUCAUGGUGUUCGUAUUACUGAUGGUGCAUUGGUUAGUGCUUGUGUAAACUCACAACGUUAUAUUACCGAUCGUUUCCUUCCAGAUAAAGCCAUUGAUCUUAUCGAUGAAGCUGCUUCACGUUUACGUCUUCAACAAGAAAGUCGUCCAGAGAAUAUUGAAAAUCUCAAUAGACAAAUCAUCGUUACAAAAAUUGAAAUCGAAGCAUUAAAGAAAGAAAAAGAUCAAGUAUCAAAAGAAAGAAGAGAGAAAUUAGAAAAAGAUUUAGCUGAAAAAGAAAAAGAAAAUAGUCGUUUAACUGAAAUUUGGAGAAAAGAAAAGGAACAAUUGGAAGUUAGAAAGACUGCAGUCGAAAAACUCGAUAGAGCUAAAAUCGAAUUACAACAAGCCCAAAGAAAAGGUGAUCUCGCAAGAGCUGGUGAAUUACGUUAUAGUAUUAUCCCAAAUUUAGAAAAACAAAUUCCAAAAGAAGGUGAAGAACUCAACCAUCUUUCAAUGAUUAGCGAGGCUGUUACCGCUAAAGAUGUUGCUUUGGUAAUUUCAAAAGCAACUGGUAUCCCAGUACACAGUUUGAUGAUGGGUGAAAAAGAAAAACUCUUAAAGAUGGAAGAAGAAUUAUCCUCAUCAGUUGUAGGUCAACCAGAAGCCGUCACUGCAGUUUCAAAUGCUGUAAGAAUCAGUCGUGCUGGUCUUCAUAGCCACAAUCGUCCAUUGGGUUCCUUCCUCUUUUUAGGUCCAACUGGUGUAGGUAAAACUCAAUUAUGUAGAACAUUAGCAGAGUUUAUGUUUGAUAGUCCAAACGCUCUUAUUCGUAUCGAUAUGUCUGAAUACAUGGAGAAAUUCUCUGUUUCACGUCUUAUUGGUGCUCCUCCAGGUUAUGUUGGUUAUGAAGAAGGUGGUACAUUAACCGAAGCUGUUCGUAGACGUCCAUACUCUUUGGUAUUAUUUGACGAGUUUGAAAAAGCUCAUAGAGAAGUCUCAAAUCUUUUACUUCAAAUUUUAGAUGAUGGUCAUAUCACUGAUAGCCAAGGUAGAAAAGUUGAUUUCAGAAAUACAAUGGUAAUCCUCACUUCAAAUUUAGGUGCUGAAAUUUUAGCAAAUCUCCCAGAUGGCACACCAUCAUCCACUGCAAGAGAAGAAGUAAUGGAUGUUGUUCGUAGUCGUUUCCAACCAGAAUUUUUAAAUCGUAUUGACGAUAUCAUCCUCUUCAAUCGUUUAUCACGUAAAGAUAUGGAUAAAAUCGUUGAUAUUCAAUUAGAAGAACUUAGAAAACUUUUAACUGAAAAACAAAUUGCUUUGGUUGUAAAAGAAGAUGGAUUAAAUUGGUUAGCUGAUAAAGGCUAUGAUCCAAUCUAUGGUGCUCGUCCAUUAAAACGUGUGGUCCAAAAAUUCUUAUUAAAUCCAAUGGCUAAAAUGAUUUUAGAAGGUCAAAUUAAAGAAAAUCAAACCAUAUUUGUUUCAGUUGAUGCCAAUACAAAAGAUUUAUCAAUUAAAUCUCAAUAA